AUUCUAGGACACGGUGACCUGGUGAAUACGAGUGCAAACGCCGACUUUCUCCUCAAGUGCCAGUUCAAGUUUGGUGGUAUUCGAAAGGAUCCAGAGUCAUCACCAGACCCCUAUCACACCUAUCUCGGCCUCGCGUCCCUCACCAUCCUCUCCAGAGAGGAAAUGAACCUCUCCGCAUUCGAGACACUCGACGCGUCCCUAAACACCACGUUCACGACGAGAAAGUGGCUACGGGAUCACCUUUGGAGCAACACUUCAUCGUAG